AUGACUGUUUUAUCAGCUGCAAUUAUGACUCGUGGUGGUAAACCACUGUUGUCAAGACAGUUCAAAGAACUAACCAAAGAACGUGUCAUUGAACUUUUAUCCAAUUUCCAAGGUUUGGUUUCUAAAUCCUCUUCUGAUCAUACUUAUGUUGAAGAUGAACAUGUUAGAUAUGUAUACAGACCAUUUGAUGACUAUUACUUGAUUUUAGUUACCAACCGUCAAUCCAAUAUUAUUCAAGAUUUAUCUACUUUGAACCUAUUUUCUCAAAGUGUUAAUUAUUAUUUGAACAGUUUUGAUGAAGAAGAGAUAUUUAUCAAUGCUUUCGAAAUUUUGAGUUCAUUUGAUGAAAUCAUAGUUAUGGGUAACAAAGAAAACUUAACAGUUUCUCAAGUCAAUACAUAUUUGGCUAUGGAAUCUCAUGAAGAAAGAAUUCAAGAAAUUAUUGAACAAAACAAAGAAGCAGAAGCUAAUGCCGAAAGAAAACGUCGUGCCAAAGAGAUUGCAAGAAGGGAACAAGAAAGAAAACUUGGUAUACCAUCGUAUGAAGGCGAAAUGGCAGGACACAAAUUUAUGGGAAGUAAUGAUCCAAAUAUGGCAAAUGCAUACAACAGUUAUUAUAGCCAAGCCUCAGUAGCAGCUCAAAAAUCAUACCUAAACUCUCAACAAACUACUGGUUUGAAUGCUGAAUCUAAAUAUGCUCAAAUACAUCGUGGUAAUGGUGGUAUGAAAUUACAAUCAAAUCCUAGAGGAGCUGGAUUGCAGUCAUUCCCGAGAUCCAAUGUCGAACGUCCUUCACGUUCAGAGCCAGAAGAAAUAAAACCUGAAAAUAAUGGUAUUUUAAUUUCUAUUAAGGAAACCAUCAACGCAGAAAUAUCUAGAGAUGGUGCUGUCAGAUCAACAGAAUUAAAGGGUGUUAUGGAAUUACGUAUCAAUGAUGAAUCUCUUGCUCACUCUAAAGUCACCUUAUCUGAUUCUGUUAAUGUAUCAGACAAAUCUCUACAAUUUAAAACUCACCCAAACAUUGACAAAAAAUUAUUUUUGUCUUCAAAGACUUUGGGAUUAAGAUCUAGCGAUAAAGCUUUCCCAUCUAAUGACCAAAGUUUAGGCAUUCUAAGAUGGCGUAAAACUGGUUCAACAGAUGAUAAAUCUUUACUCCCAUUGGAAGUUUCUACCUGGGUAUCUCCAUCAGAUGAUUCCGAAGGUGUUUUUGAGGUCACUGUUGAAUUUGAAUUAAACAGCGAUUAUAACGACAAGGAAUUAGAAGAUGUCAUUUUCAAGAUUCCAGUAGCAACAAAUAACGCAUUUAUAAACGAUGAUAAUAACGAAGUAAAUGCCACUAUCAUCGGAACUGAUGAAGAAGGUGUUUUAAUCAAGCUUGACUCUGUUACUCCUGAAAGUUCUGGUGUAUUCAGCUUUUCUAUCGAUUGUGGUUAUGAAGAUGCAUUAUUCCCAAUUGCAGUAUCUUUCAAACAUACAAGUAGCAAUGUACAAAGUAUUGUUGGCAUUAGCGUUGCGGAUGUUAUAAGCUCAAGUGAUGAAUCUGGUCAUUUACCAUAUGACAGUAUAACUUCAUUGGUAUCCGAAGAAUACGUUAUUGUCUAA